AUGAGUCGCGAUCGCCUCCGUCCUGCGAUCAAUGUAUUUCUAAUUGACCAGCGACGAGUGGGGAGUAAGAGUAUUUGUGAUUUUUUGACUCUGCUUCAGUCUUGGAUAUAUGAUUACUUUUCACUCUUCCGUCCGAGCCAGAUUCCCCAGGCUCCAGAUGCUCCUCGUGCUUCCUCGUGGGUGUGUCACCGCUUUGCAGGUGGUGAUGAUGCUAGACAGCGCUUGGUACGGUAUCGAGAGAUGUUGGAUGGGAUGUCAAGGGAGGAUGUGUCUUGGACUCCUUACGGGCGAGAUGCUGGCACGGAGGUACUAUGCUCUUUGUAUACUGGUUUCAUUCGCUUUGCUGACGUUGCUAAGGGUUCUGAUCCUGCACGGUGUCACCGACAGUUUGGGUAUUGA